AUGAUAUCAAGAAUAGUCGCCGCACCGGAAAUGGUCACUGCACCGGAAAUGGUCACUGCACCGGAAAUGGUCACCGCACCGGAAAUGGUCGCCGCACCGGAAAUAGCACUCAUUACGCAAUUAACGGUCUUUUUGGGCAACAGUCUAUACCAAUUCAUGCAACUUGGAACGGACACCGCUGGUACAUAG